GGCGUGUGUGUCCAACGAGACGAUCCUGCGAGCUCGUGGCGGACCAAUCUGGCAUUCGGUCGUUAUCGGUGACCGAUGGAAGCCGUGCACGCCCGACGGGAUACGCUGAUCGCGGUUACUCUCAGACACGUCGCGCGUACCGUCUUAGUACACGCGCACGACGCAGCCACGGACACGCGCGCCUUCCGCUCCCGGCAUCCUCUUUCUCUCGCAUCUUCGUCGGCUCUCUGGAGUUUCGGCUCGGCUCGGUGACAGUGGCUUCACGAGGAAAGCGAACCGUGGACGACGAUGGCGUCGUUGGGGAGCAAAGUGGACGAGCAAGUCGUCAAAGCGCCGCAGCAGAAUGGGGGCGGUUACAGGAACGAGGAACUGGAAGACAUUCUGGAUAACAACAACGAGAACAUCGAGGUGGAGAUGGUGGUGCCGCCAGAUGGUGGAUGGGGUUGGGUAAUCGUCGCAGCCUCCUUCAUGUGCAACCUAUUCGUGGACGGCAUUAUCUUCAGCUUUGGCGUCUUUCUCAACGAUAUAUCCGAGGCUUUCGCGGUGUCCAAGGCGAGGGUGGCGCUAGUUGGUUCGUUGCAGUCUGGAUUUUAUCUCAUGGCUGGUCCAUUCGUGUCGGCGUUGGCCAAUAGGUACGGCUUCCGGCUGGUCGCGAUCCUCGGAAGCGUGAUAAGUUGCAGCGCGUUCAUUCUCUCGUACUUCAGCACCUCCAUCGAGUUCCUCUACAUCUCUUACGGCGUGCUCGGAGGUAUCGGAGCAGGCCUGAUUUACGUGCCGGCUGUGAUAACUACCGGAUUUUAUUUUGAAAGAUGGCGAGCACUGGCCACCGGGAUCGCCGUCUGUGGAUCCGGGAUCGGCGCUUUCUUGCUCGCGCCGAUCUCAGAUAUAUUGGUCAAGCAAUUCGGUUGGAGGGGUGCAUUGCUCUUCCAAGCAGGGAUGCUUUUGAAUUGCACCAUUUUCGGCGCCAUGUUCCGUCCAUUGAAACCAACGCGGAUUAAGGUGAAAUCUACCCAGGAAAACGCCGGCUUGGAAGUGAAGAGCAGCCUGAUGGCAAGAGAUGUGUCCACAGCGUCGUUGCACUGCGUGCAGCCAGAAAGAAGCGGCUUCUUCGGGACUAAUAACAAUACCGAUUACCCAACGGCUGCUGAACUGUUUGGAAGCAAACCCAACAUAGUAAACGUCUCGAAAUCGUUGCAUUCCCUUCACAAGGCUCACGUGGAGCUGCGAACACUGGAAAGGAAGUUGAGCAGCUCGGAGAAGCGGCUGUCCGUCCCGAUUUACCCCGAGUUGGACAUGAACAUGGAGGAGAAGAUCGUCGAGGAGGAGAACAAUCUCCUCGGUGGAGAUGUGGAGAGACUGAAUGGCAAAGUGCCCACGAUUCGCAGGCACACGAUCAGCGGUAGACGAUUGCGCGCGGACUCGGACUGUAGCCAAAAAUCGUUGAAGGUGGGCAACAGGCGGAAUCCAUUCAGCAAGGAUCCACAGAGGCCGUUCUACAGAGACGAUAUCUUUUAUGGCGGCUCUCUGAACAGACUGCCGCAUUAUAAGUCGCAGCAAUCGUCCGUUGGUUAUCACAUGUCUGUCACGCGUUUACCCACCGCGACGGAUGUUGCCGAAGAGGAGAGCGGAAGCUGUUACAUCUGUCCAGAGAGCGUGCGUCGCAUCUUGACGACAAUGCUCGACCUAAGUCUCCUGAAGAGUCCGUCCUUCCUGAUCCUGGCCAUAUCUGGCGGACUCACGAUGAUGGGCUUCUACACACCCUUCAUGUACGUUCCAGAUCGAGCCCAAUUGGCAGGCAUCGAGGCCUCCACUGCCAUGUUUCUCGUCUCUGUGAUCGGUAUCGGCAACACCAUUGGUCGUGUCGUCUGUGGACUUGCCAGCAGUUUGCCAGGAGUUAACGCGUUGGUCAUCAACAACGUGUUCAUCAGCACCGGUGGCCUUUUGACCAUUUUCUCCGGGCUGUCGCUCACCAAGGGCUACCAGUUCUUUUACGCUGCCGGUUUUGGGCUCAGUAUAUCUGUCUUCGCCUCGUUGCGAUCAAUCCUGGUGGUGGAUCUCCUGGGGCUGGAGAAACUGACCAACGCUUUCGGAUUGCUUCUUCUGUUUCAAGGCGUGGCAGCUGCCAUAGGCGCGCCUCUCGCAGGCGCCUUCAUGGACGCGACCGGAAGCUACGACGCCUCGUUCUACCUGUCCGGUAGCCUGAUCUUCCUCUCGGCUGUGAUCUGUUAUCCCUUGAAGAGGAUCAACGUGUGGGAGACGAGGAGGAGCAGCGACAAGUGCAGCGACGAUCCGUCCUAGCCGUGGAAGACAGAAGUGCGUGUAGCGUCGUCCGUGUGUUGUACAUACUAACGCGUCAGUAAUUUAUAACACGACUGUUCGAAAAUCGACGAUUAAUCCGGCGAUGACACCGGGACUCUAUAGCGUGAAUGUGGCGAAAGGAGCUCGUUUCCUCGUCGCUUCCAUUCGCUUCGAACUCGAUCUUCGCGAUUAAAAAAAAAAAAAGAAAGAAAAAAAAAAGACCCAACGGUCUAUCUGCAGUUCCAGGCGAGUGCAAUAGACUGUCUCUUGACCUGUGAUCCGGGGACACGCAAGCGAACGAUUGAGAAAAAGCUUGAUUGAGGAAAAGGCUUAGACAUCAUUUCUACUCGGAACAAAAUGAUUCCGGAUAUUCAUUGUGAAUAAUAAAUUCGUUUGCACGUGCGAAAAACUGAUUACGAGAUUAGAAAUUUGUUUUGUAGCUUACUCUUCAAAUAUUCUGCAUGAUUCUACAUUCAUAAUUGUUUUUUCAAGCUCGUUCAAAUAGCUUGGCAUAAGAUUGCCUAAAAUUUGCACAACAGGGUUGGAAAUUAUUUGAGAAAUCAUUCGUGCAGAGAGUUAUUCAAAGUUGUUCCGUCUGAUACAGACAAGAUCUAGAGGAAAGUGAACUUGAACAAGAUACAAUUAUUCUAAAUAACAAAAUCUACGAGCUGAGUAAGAUGAUGUAUUAUUCAGUCCAUCGCUUCUGGGAUACUUUGUAUAUUUGAAUAACACGUCUAAGCCUGAGGGGAAACAAACAUUUAUUUAUCCGCGACGUGUAGGAGGUUGGGGAACGCUGUGACAGACGAUUCCAGUGACAAGAAUACCGUCCAGAGUAUAAAAAGCGUACCAGAGAUCGAGAUUCUCUCGAUCGCCACGCAACCGAUCGAAUUCUAUACAAGUUUUAUGAGUAAGCGGAUCUGAACGGUUCUAAGGUCGAGCUUUGCAUUCCAAGCGACGCGUGAACCUGUCGUGAACUCGCAUAUCACAAUAUUUUUAUCACCGACGUGCCUUUUCGUGCCUAGUCUACGAAUAUUUGUGCAUUUUCUUCACGAGAGAUUUAAGGUUCCAAAUAUUUAUAGAACAAUUGGUAUACAAGUAUUAUCUAAUGAUACAUAAAUGUAUGAGAUAAUAUAAUGCAUAUAAUGCAUGAGAUAUUCAAAAUGGAAUAUAUUUUUGGGUAAAUUUAAAGUUCCAAAAAUUUACGAAAUAACACGUAUAGUGUGUAAAAUAUCAAGCAAAAUGUUCAAAAUACGUACGGUUUGGAAGAAGUUGAAAGAUGCAGAAAUGCAGGAAACACACGAAAUGUACAAAAUUGUAUAAAACGUCGAGAGUAAGCAGAAUGAUUUCUGCUUAGACUUCAUUUCUAUAUUUACGAAAGUAUAUGUAUAAAGUUGCAUAGAAAUCGGCUGCCUGUUUAUUUACGAGAGAUUUCAUUUCUUCGGUGUCACGUCUGCAAAAAUAGAAAAUUGCAUAAACAUUCGGACUCGCGAGUUCUUCAAUCGGAGUUUUUCAAUCGGAAGAUGAGUGUUCGCUGUUACGUGUCUUGUGUUUUCGCGUGGCGACUUUUUUUCCAACGUAGUGAGAUCGUUUUAUCGUCGAUCUCUCUUGUGUUAAUUCACGCGGGAUGAUUUUAUAAUAGAAUGUAAGCAAGUCGUCGAUGAAAAAGAGAACGAUCAGUUCUACGAAAUUUUGUUCUUUUUAAUACUGAGACUAUAGAAAGAAAGGAGGUCCACUCGAUCCUUUUUUUACGAUCUCUUUUUCGAGAUUUCGCAGUUUGUCGGAAAUUUAAAGAGGUCGAAGUAUUCGUAACGUUACAAUCCCCAAUAAGUUAAUCUCGCUACGACCUUCGAAUUUUUUUUCUAAACUUCGUUCUCGCUUCAACGCACGAACCUAAACUCUUACCUGAGAGACAUCUUGUCAUAAAAAUGAUUCAGGUGGUGAUAUCAUUAAACUGCGGUUUUUCAUGAAAA